AUGAUUACGUCCUUUGGGCAGGCGUCUCGCCUCUUGCUUCCUCCGGCUUUCCCGCCUCUUGGUAGCGCUCCUUUUUCCGCCGCCUCUUUGGAAGAAUCCUCUCCAUCGUCGCGGUCUUCGUCUUCUGCUCGUCCGUUGUCGCUGUGCACCCUCUCGCUGCUUCCGCCGGUCUCGUUCUCUGUUUCGCCGUGUCGGCGGCUGCUUCUGGUCCUGGAGCCUUUUCGCUUGCUUCUCUUCAGCAACCUACAGCACCGCGUCCUCCUCGGGUCCUUCUCUCGAGACCCCGGCACGUUCGCCUUCGGUGCUCAUCUGCAAGCGAGCUGGGAGCUCUUCGAUCCUGUGAGCCUCUCGGCGGCGCGGAGAGCUGGACGCGGUUUCGACCCCCUGGACUCUGCGGCUGGGACACAGGCGGAGACCCGAGCUGGUACGCCCCGCGGGCGCGGAGAGGACGGAGACUUCACCGCCAGGGAGCGCGGCGCCGCGACCGGCGCGACCGCCGAGAGCUGCGCGCCUUACUACCGGAUCUUCGUCACCUGCUACCCGCAGGCAAACAUUUGCGUGUAUGCUGUUGCGCAGCCAGGGCUUCUCAAGGCGCAGCAGGGGGGGCGAGCGGAAGAGGCGGCGCGGGAGGGGCAGCGGGCAGCCGGGCGGUCCGCGGGCGGCCAGGAGCGCAGGAAUGCAGUCGGCAGAGGCUCGCUGGGGGGAGCAGAAGAGCCGCCUGGAGACGUGUCGACGCCGCCGGAUGGAGAGCGCCAGUCGGGUGGGGCGCAGGGUGGUCGCUCGCCGGCCGCGCCUUCGUCUUGGACGCAGCGAGGAGGAAAGGCCGAGGCGAGGAGCCAAAAAAAAGGAGGGAGGAGCGGGGCGAGCAAAAGAGACGGGCUCAGCGUGUCGUUUGAGGAACGAGGCAGCGAGGGGACAGGCGGGACGCAGGAGGCGCGCGACUGUGGAGGGAGACGCAGCAGCUUGAGGAGGAGAGCGCGGGAACGCAGUUCUCUCCUGGCCCUGCAGGCCGACUCUGCCGCGCGCCUUUUCCCGCCCUUUCUCUUCAACGCGUCUUCUGCGACCUUCACCUCGGGGGAGAGCGCCGGCGAGGACUCCGAGGAAGACGCAGUCGAGAGUCCCUCGUAUUUCGGCUUUCCGCCCGCCGGGCGAGGCGGCGAGGAGGCGACAGCGCGGGUCAGCGGGCCCCCGCCGCUUGGCACGAAGCGGAUCGGCGGGGCCGGCGGGACGUUCACGCCCGCGACGGUCGCUGCGGCUCUCUCGACACCGUCGCUGCUCCUGCAGCACCGCCCGGCCUCGCUGCGCCCCUUGGAAAUCCGCUUCAGUGCCGUCCUGAGCCUCCCUGUGCGCGGGGCCGCGGUCGCCUGCUCACCGCGGCACCUGAUUGUGGGGUGCGCGAGGCAGCCGGCGCUUCUAUUCCUCUCGCUCGACGGCCUCAGAACCGUUCAGGCAGUGAUCUACCUCUCAGACUUCUUGCCGCGCGCCGAGGCAUCAUCGCAGGUCUCUGCGCGAGCGGAAGACUGGCAGCAGCUAGGGGACGCGGAAGAGGCGGCGGGCCGCGACCGCGGAGCCGAUGCGCGUGCAGAGGCCGUGGGAGAAAGUCAAGUUGGCUCCACAGUGGAGACAGGGAAGCGCGGACGCCAGCUUGGAGACGAGCCCACACUGCAGGCCGAGCGUCUGCACGGAGAGUCUCACGAAGACGGGAGCGACCACGGAAGAAGCGGGGAAAACGUGAAAAGAGCGGCGGAAGCCGCUGCACGGAGGAGGCAGUGGGAGAGGACGGCGAGGGCCGCCGGAGACAGCAAUGGCUCUCAAGGUGCAGCGGACGGCUGUGUCUCUGUGCCGGCGGGUGAGCAGUUCGCCUCCUCAUGCAGGCCUCAGGAACGUGCGCGCGGCUCCCGCUCCUCGUCUCUCGGGUCUGCGCCGCGCUCGGACUCCCCAAACUUCUGCGCCUGCGGAGAGUUCCUGUUCUCUCCUCUGGGGCAUGCGACGAUCGAGGAGGUUGUUCGCUUCGAAGACCGCACUGAGGACGUCGUGCUGCUCCCAGACCUGCCGGACGAGGCGCUACGUGACGCCCGCGCCGCCGCCGACGCCCACAGGCACCUCGAGGAUCUCCUCCGGCUCGCCAGUGAAGAGGCGAAACGCGAGGUAGAUAGGCAGCCGCAGAGCGCGACUCACCACGGCGGAGGAACAGAGCUGGGCACGGAUGAAGAAGACGGAGCCGAGCGUGGAGCGCCUCCGUCGUCGUCAUUGGUGCGGACUGUCCGCUCGCUGCUGCAUGCGCGCCACGGAGGCGAAGCACCUGAAGGUCUCGCCUCCUGUUGCUCUUCUUCAUGGGAUGGCGCAGAGGACAGUGGUGAGCAUCGCGUUGUCACUGGGGACAGUGAGGCCGAAGGAGCUGCAGGAGCAGAAAGCGCUGCAGGCCCGCGAAUUCGAGGCGGGCUUUCGAACAUUGCUGCCGCGCUCUCCGAAGGCGUCGCGCAGAUCGCGCUGGAUGCGCGGCUGAGUCUGCUGGGGGUCGUGACGACGCACGGACGCUUUUUUCUUCUCAGCUGGCGAGCGCCGCUUUUUCUGCGACCCGCGCAAGUAGGCGCAGCCAAUCGCUCCUCCAACAGCGCCUCUUCUCCGCUGGCGUCGUCCUCUCACUCGCAGGGGCCCGGCGCCGGUCUAGACGCAGAAAGAAGCACUCCGCACGAGGGCGAAGGCGUCGGAAGACACUCCCCUCCUAUCGGGAUCUUGCUGAGACACCACCGAGUCGCGUGCUGCGCGCUCAACGCGGAGCGUCGCCUCCUGGCCCUGGGGCUGACGAAUGGGGAGAUCGAACUCUACUCUCUCGAUUUUUCUGUUUCCUCCUCCUCCGCAGGCAGCCACGCUUCGCCGGCCGCGUCUGCAUGCGGGCGGGUCGAAAGGGCACAGAGCCCGCCGGGAGAGGGGACAGCUGCGGACGCCGCGGCGCUUCAGGGGCGAGACCGCGCGGCUCUUCCGCGCGGGCGCUGCCCAUGCGAAGUCGUUCGCCUCGUGCGCCGUCUCAACCUGCGAGACGCGUGCGAGGGUCCUGAGGCGGCGCCGCAGGGUCGCGCUCGGGGCUCGCGCGAGCGUUUUGGGAGGAUUGAAAAGGAAGAGCGUGCUGCGCGCUCUCGCACGCCCUCUGGAGCUUCUCUCCUUGCGUCGGGGUCCUCUUCCUCCCUGCGUUCAGGGCGGCAACUUUUCGCAGCGGAAGGCGCGUCUCGUCUUUUCUGGGGAGAGGAUGGAAGAGCGGAGGAGGGAGGGCGUCAUCGGGUUGAGACGCUCGUCUGGUCCGACGACGGGCUCGCGCUGGCGGUCAAAUCGAGAGGGCGGCCACGCGUGGCAAGCGACGCGGGCGAGGAGAACGACGGCGAACCGCCUUCGGGCCCCGGUGCCCCGGUGGCUGUCUUCUCGUACACCGGGCGCCUUCUGCUCGCGCCCUUUUCGCCGCCGCCUCCCUUGCCGCCGAGGGCGCGCUCACGAUCUGCAUCGAGUGCAGCCUCGCCUCUCCUGUCCGCUAGCGCGGCGCCUUGUGCGCCUUCUCAGGCGUCUCUCAUGAACGGGGCGGCGGCGCUCGCGGCAGACGUGCACGGGGCGCGAAUGCCGCUCCCGAGCCAAGGCGCGGGCGACCUGACGCCACCUCCAGAGACGCGAAGUGUCCCUCUCAUUCCUCCGGUUGCGCACGCGCCGACCUGCGCGUGGACCGGCCUCGGUCUAGGCCUGAUCGUGUCGCAGGAGGCUGAGCAGCGCCAGGCGAACGCAGUUGGCGAGGAAGAAGCCUGGGGCAGAGCUGUAGGCGGCAGAAGAGGCAGCGAAGACGGCUUCCGCAGAGGAAGUGCCUGCGCGCGUCUUCUGCCGCCCGACGUGUUCGAGUUUCCUAUAUUCCGCAGCGCCUGGCUUGGCGUGGGCACGACUGCGGUCGACUCCGCCGGAAGCCGAGCGGCGAGCGACGCGGGCGACAGAAUCCUCAUUGGAUCUUCGUGCCUGCUGCUGUGGGCCGCGCUGCCGCACCUGCCGGCGUCGCUCUCGUGGUCGCGCAUUCCGCUCCCUCCGCCCAUGUAUCUGUCGCCGAACUGGCCUAUUCGACAGGCGUCGCUGUCGCCCAACGAGGAGUUUCUGCUUGUGUCGGGGACCCGCGGUUUCGCAGUGUUUUCGCUCGGGCAGCGCCGCUGGCGCGUGCUGGGCGAUGAGCAGCAAGAGCGGCAGCUUCCCACGGGUCUCUUGCCCCAGGGGUGGUACGACCCCUCGAUUUUCUUCAUCUCUAUCCGGACUUUCGACCCCGACGUCUCCCCUGUCGAGGCGGCUCUCGCGGCGCUCGCCCCACUGCCUGUCAACAGCCUCUCACUUUCGUCGCCUGAGCACUCAAAGCGACUUCUCUCUUCGCUCUCCUCACUCCCACUUCCCACUCCGCAUUUGGGGCGGAAGCCUCACGCGGCGCUCGCGCCUGCCGCGGCCUUUUCCGGGGGUUUCUCCGGCGUCGCGGCGGCAUCCCAACACCCCACAGCAGCCGAGGCCUCGCCUCGUGAACACGCUCGCGCUUCUCGCUCCUCCUCCUUCUUGUUCGGUUCGCCUCAGCCUCCCUUGUCUGCCCUCUCCUCUCCUCGCCUGCCGUCUGGAGUCUCUCUGCCGGGAUGGCGAGGCCCGCGAGGGUCGGCGCUGGCGGCCGAGGUGUCUCUCGAGCGGAGAGCUGCGCAGACGCCCUUUUGCGUCUCGCAACAGCUCCCUGGGAUGUCGCUUCAGGAGCGCGAAACAUGGGAGGCGGUUCUCGAGAGGCUGGAGGUCGAUUCAACCUCUUCCGCGCAGCUUUUUACUUCGCCGCAUGUGCCGUCUCCUCAAGCGGCGCAGGGCAGCCCCGUCUCGCGCGCCUCCGCGGCCUCGCCUCUCUCUGGCGGAGAGGCGUCUGCGGGCCGCGACAACAGAGGCGAGCGAGGCGGGGGGGCAUCCACUGCGGCUGGGUUCUGGAGCUCGAAGAGGCAGAGAGCACAGAAAGUGACUCCCAAGACGGGGUACGCGCUCUUUUUUUUCGACGUCCGAGGCCGCCUCGCAGUCGAGAACUGCGUCGCCACGGUGCGCGCGCUGCCGGCGCGGCCUCUCCGCACCGCGCUCCUGUCAACGAGACAGAAACCGAGCGCAAAUCCGCCAAAACGGAGGGGCGUGCGGGGAGCCCCAGCGCGGCGGCUCGACGCGGGAACGGGGCGGCGGGCGCACGUCAAAGGCCGCGGCGAAGGCUUACAAGUGAGCGGAGGCGAGCAGAGGAGACAAUGCUGUCGGUGCGGGCGGCGACAGGCUGAGGCGCGCAGGCGACGUGAGGAGGAAGGGAGGCAAGAGGAUAGCAGUCGAGAGGACGGAGAGGCGGACGCCGGCCGAUUCGAAUUCGACGGGCACGACGGCGCAUCAACAGCAAGAUAUGGCGGUGAGGGCGAGUCCUCGAGCGACUCUGAAGAAGGGUGUGCGCUCUGCAAAGGCCUAUCAGAGAAGGAAAUCACAGGUUACCUCGCCGCGCCUCCCGCGCUGAACCUCGCCACCGACGCGCCAAUCCUCGCUGUCUACGAUGCAUUGCAUCUCAUCACAGCUUAUCAGCUGCGUCCCGCGGCUCCACGGCUACCUUCGUCGGCGCUCUCUCUCUCUCCGGAUCCUCCUUCGUACUCCUCUCUUCAUCGCACGGUGUCUCAGCCUGCAGGCUCUGCGCAGCCCCCGGCUGCGCGUUGCGCGCCGCCUCGCCGAGCCGCAGAGCGUUUCCCUUCCCUCGCGGCCGCUGGCAGCACCCUUCAUUCCAGGCCAAGCGCCGCGACGCUCGCGUCGUCGCCGUCUUCGUCUGCUGCUUCCGCUUCUCUGCCGUCUUCUCUCCUGGUAGGAGCAUCGCUUUCCACGUCGCUGCCGAUCUGCACCUACGACGUUCUCGCGCUGUGGCAAGUCGACCUGUCGAGCUGCUGGGUGGAUCACCCGCUUCAGAUUCGCUUCGCCGCGUCGCCGGCGCUUCUCGUCGUCCUGCAUGCGGGCGGCGAGGUCACCGCUCUGCGGCUCGUCUCCAAAGAAGAGUGCGGCGCGGCCCUCCUCCGCGAAAAAGCCAAGGGCGGAGAGGCUGAGGCGCUGCAGACGAAGACGGUCGCAGCGGCGAUCGAAAGCCGCAGGCACGAAAAAGGCGUCAAGUUCGGCGAGGCACGGCCGGACCAGAGACAAGGGAUUUCGAGCCGGGGGGAGGCGCCUGAAGCGUGGGUGAGUGAGGACAGCGCCUCACCCUCCACUUCGUUCUCGCCCUUCUCACGUCUCGCUUCGUUUUCACUCGCGUCCUCUCCGUCGUCGUCUCUGCCCUCUUCGCGGGCCUCCACGGCGUCAGCUUUUUCUUCGCGCUCAGCGUCCCUGUCGUUUCCCAGUCAGCGGUCUCUGCAUCUCGUGCCGCAGCUCGUCGCACAGCAAAGCAGAGCGUUUGGCUCUGGGGUCACGUCUCUCUGGCUAGAUCCCCCGGCUCAACUUCCCUUCUUCUGCCCGCUGCCUGCUCGCCCGAUCUUCGCCUUGCGAGACGUGAGCGGCCUUCGCCGCGGGCUCCUGAGUGCGCAGCAAGGCGCCGCGUCAGCGGACGGCGGUGCAGCAGCCUGUGCAGAGGAAGACCGACCCGAUGUGGCGCGAGACGCCGACGCGGAGGCUGAGUGGCGCGGAUGCGUCUGUGCCGUCUGCACUGUCGGCGGCGCGGCGGGUGAGAGCUUAGGCGCGCUCGGGGGGGACCGAGGACGGCGGAGGUGGCGACGACUGCGUCCGCCAAGCAGCCGGUCCUUUUCUUUGGAGACUUUGGAGAGCUUCGAAGAAGACAGACUGCGCGCGUGGUCACCUCCAGAACCCGCCUCAGCGGUUCGCGACGGCGUCUGUGAAGUGCGGAGCGACUGCGCGCACCCGACGAAAGUCCGGCUGCCGCUGGGCGCGGAAGGAAAUGGACAGGAAGAAGAGAGAGAGAGCGGCGAACGUCAAGCGAAUGCGUGGGGUGCUCAGACCGCCGGUGCGGGCUCCAGCGCGAGCCUCGGGGAGCCUCAGGCUUCUUCGCAGCGUGACGCGCGCGCCGAGUCGGCGAAGGACGACAGCUGUCCAAGCGCCGCCAUCUCGCAAAGAGAUUGCCCGCCCGCCCCCCGCGCUGAGCCUUCUCUUGCGUCCCCUCCUCCUCCGUCGCUCUCUUCUUUGUCGUCUCCGACCUCCCAUCUUCGUGCAGCAAGAGGGCGCCGUCCUGUGGGCUCUCCGUCUGCCCCCCCUCUGGCUGAGCUUUGCUCCGCUCACCGCGCAGCGUCAUCGCCUGCCUUUUUGCAGCCGCUGACGUGUUUCACGUGUGCUUGCACGCCGCAGCGCCUCCCGCCCUUCUCCGAGUCGCGCGCGCGGCCUCGCGUCCCUCCUCAGACCCCAGCUUCCUGCGUUUCCUCCUCGCUCAGCGCCGGAGGCGCGAGGGCGUCCGAGGGCAGAGACGCAACCGAAAAAGGCAGGCGGCAGAGAGAAGCAGAGAGGCCGGCAGCGGCACAGCGAGGCGAGAGCGAGAGAGGCAUGGCUGUUGAAGCGUCAUCAUGCUCGCCGCGGACAGCAACGCGUCCGCCGGCGCAACCCAGGCCCAACGCGUCGAGCGGCAGUGGAGCGACAGCGGGGAGCCAGGAGCGAAGAACGGGAGUUGACGGAAGAGAACGAAACGAGCUGCAUGUGCAGGAAGUAGAGAGACAGCGGAGCGGCGAGCGUCACAGCGCAUCUCGUCGGUCGCACCGGUGGAGAGGAAACGAAGACCUCGUGCUUGCAGGCGAGGACGAGGCGGCGAACCCGCGGCACUUCCGCGGCUCUACGUCCUUCGGAGAUCACUUCUGCUGCCCCUUUACUCCGCUUCCGUCUCACCCUCCCCUGUUCGCUCUCGGCCGAACGCGUUGCGGACUGUCGCACUCUCUUCCUCUCUCUUCGUCGCCUCUUUGUUCGUCUUCAUCCAUCUCGCUGUCCUCCCUAUAUCCUCUUGACUCUCACGGCGGUUCCUCUUGUGGUUUGCCGUCACCCCGAAGUGUGACUCGAGUCGCAUGCAGUGUCUCCCAAGGAGGAGAGGCAGCCUGUGGCGCGGCGCGGACACAGGGCGAGCGCGAGGAAAUGGCGACGACCGUACGCGAGGCGUCGGGCGAGCCGAAACAAAAAGACGGAUCAGCGGACGAAGGAGUGGCAAAGGGAGACAAAAACGGUGAGGGAGGAAUGGCAGGACACCGAGGCGUGGAGGCAGUGGAUAGCACCAGGAUUAGCGCAGAGGAGAGCUCGCAGGAAGAGACGGACGCGCAGCUGUGCUCAUGCUCUCCGUGCUUGGAGGUGGAGACUCGAAGCAAACGCAGAGGAGGUUCAGGCUCCUCGUCUCUUCCGGUCUGUGCGGGCGCCCUGGCGUGCUGCGCCGUCGGCGGGGUUUACGUCUGGCUGCAGGAGGCGAGAGGCCUCUCUCUCGCAGUUCUCUCGUUCCACAUACAUUUCGCGCCCGAGGACGGCGGGGAUGAGUCCGCCUCAUCCUCUUGGUCGCUCUCUCUCACGCCGUCGCCCCGCGGGGCAAGCGUCCGCGACGGCGCCGACCCGGGAGAGGCGGUGGUGCGGCAGGAGAACCAAGCGGCGCGGAGAGACGCGCGCGAGAGCGUGGAAACCCGAAGCCGAUCGCCCGGGGGACAAACGACCUGGAGGGGGUAUAGCAGAGGGCACUCGCCUGCUGCGACGCGGUCGUCGGCCGCGCGCGGCUUCCUGGAUGUCGAGUGCUGCUACGCCCUUCUCCUCCCUAUUGAGCAGAAACCGGAGCCUCUUUUGAUUGCAGGCGUCCUUGCCCCGCUCGGCGUCGUUGUCGCGUGCUCACCCUCGCGCGUCGCCGUGAGGCGCGCGUCCCUGCCGCCGCCUACCGCCGCGGAGUGUGCAGAGCGCAGAGGCCGUCAGCGUCUCCGCGCGCCCUGCAUCAACCUCCGGUUGCAACUGCAGCCUUCUCUGCACCCUCUGCUUACGCGUCUUCUAGCUGUUUCGGCCGCCGAUCGCUCCUUCGUCCACGCACACCCGCCUCUCUCCGGCGUCGCGUUUCCGGCGCGUCGGGCGGCGGGGCCUGGGCCUUCGGUUGGACGCCUGUCUCCGCGCCCGGCAAGCGGGCACCAGUCUCCUUUCCCUUCGCCGUCACCAGUCGGCGCGCUGGCGUGCGGGGUGGGUUUGCGGGCUCACGAGACGGCAGCCGAGCUUCUCUUUCAGAUCCGCGCGUCACCGUUCUUCACGCACCUCGUCGAGCUCGCGCUCUACGAACUUUUUGAGCGCUUUCUGUCCGGCUUCAAACGCGAGUUGCGCGCCCUCGCGCCGUUCAAAGCCAGCCAGAGUGCCCAGACGCCGCCCGCGAAUGGGCUCGCCCAGGCCGGGGUCGCAGGCGCCAGUCCGCAGCGAGACGCGAACGGGGAGUGUCGCAGCGGAGUCUCAGGGGUCUCUGCUUCGUCCACGCUUCCGCACCAGAAGAGAGGCUCCAUGGAGAGCGAGAACGUCGGCGAUCCGACAGAGGGCUGGGCGGCGGCGGCUGGCGCAGCACUCAUGCGCCACCGAGAGGAGGGGUUGCAGAGGAGAGAAAUCGGUUUGCAGUCAUCUCGGUUCUCCCCGUCUGCGUGCUCGGGGCCUUGCUCUGCGGAGCAGAAAGGCGCGAAUCGUAAUGAUUCCGGGAAAGAAACCAGGCAACAAAGACUCCCGCGCGCCCCCUCCCCACCGGCGAAGGCCUAUGUGCUCAGUUUGCCGCAGGCGCAGGUGUCUACGGAGAACGAGGAAGCGCGGCGAAGGCGCCACCAGGGGGGGGCAGCGCCGCAGCAAACCUCGCGCGUGUUGCAGCGGACGAACAGAGGAGACUGGGAGGAUGCAGAGAGGGCCAGAGAGGCUGGUAAAGAAAUGGCGUCGCAGAGGAAACUCGCGGCGAGCGAUGGACGAGAACUAGCCCAACCAGGAAGCGAGGAAGCGAUGGGGCCGCGCAGAUCGCGCGACGCACGGAAAAAGGACCGAGACAGGGAUGAAUUCGGCAAGGCGUCCGCAAGAUACGAGGAUAGUCAUGGCGGCGCGAAGCAGGCUUACGGCAUUGCAGAGGCGGAGAGACGUGCGUGUGCGCUCUUCAGUCUCGAUCGCCUUUUGCGAGCUGAAGACGUCUCUGAAGCCUUUUCUCUCGUGGCUCCACGAGCGCAUCCGUACCGCGUGCCGGUCCCCUCUCAGUUGUCUUCCGGUCCCUCUCUCUCGCCUUCAUCUGGCUCAGAUGUCCCGCUUCCUUCGUCUGCAUCCUCUCGCUCCGUGGCUCGCGCUGGGUCACAUGGAGCAUUGUCUCCCCAUCCCGCUGCGUCCUCGCCUUCUGCCGAGCUGUCGCUGCAGCAGCGGUUUGCUGUAGCCCAGGAAGCGCUGACCGCGCUGCCGGGCGGGGCGGCUUUGUAUCUUUUUCUCCAUCUUCUUUCGCGGCAUAGUCCCUCGACGCUCGCCAAGACUGUCGCGUCGUGUGUGCGGAAGACCGAGCCAACGCUCGCGCCUCUCGUUCUCUUCCCUCUCCUGGGCUCGCCGCCAGCAACUUACUUCGAGGACGCGAUGAAGCGCCAGCUGCUUCACACCGCUUCCAUCUAUCUGCUGGUGCUGCAAAACACUGAAGGAUGUUUAGUCGUUCGGCAGAAACGCGCGUUGCCUCUUCUUCGAGCGGCGCUGCGGCUCGGCGUCGCAGGCCUCGCGCGGAAGCUCGUGCGCUUCGUGCUCGCGCUCCUGGUUGCCUAUCCGGCGCGGAAGAGGGCGGAAAACAGCGCGUGCGAGGCGACCGGGGAUCCGACUGAAAGUGCGAAGGCUCGGCAGGCGUCUGUGCAUGCGCUACGGGAAGGAAACUGCGAAGAGGAUAUCGUCGUGCCGUGGUCGGGAGCAGGAGGGGCCCCCGCACUGUGGGCUCCGCCGGCGCUGUUUCAGGAGCGAAGACGAAGCAGGUCGCACGCAGCGAGGAGUCGCGCAGAAGAGAAACCUGCGCGAGAAGGCGAGCAGCUCCACUCUCAAGUGGAAGAGGAGGAGGGCUCCCGAAGAGCCCAGAAAGCGAAGCACGGCCAGCGUGCGGAGGAACGCGCGGAGAGACAAGCCGACGCAAAAGCAGACGAAGAGAGGGCCAUCUUUCAGCUUUACCGAGAUGUUGUGGCAAUCGUUGAGGACUGUCUUUUGAGUUCGCUGGUUCAUCUGCAGUGGCUCCGCGUUUUUCAGUUGACAAGUGUCCUCGCGCUCGAUCUGCCUGCUUGGCUCUUUCGCCUCCGCCCUCAUAUCUGUCGCGUCUUUUCGCUUGACGGGCCGUGCGGAUUGCUUCCGUCUCCGGAGUCCGCCCCGGUGGUGUCGCCCUGUUGUUCGCACUCGCAGUGCCUAUUUCUGCAGGACGACCCAGCAGUGCCGUUUGAGCGCGUUGUCUUGUCGCUUGUAAGCCAGCUCGGUCUCAGCGCUCGGGGCUUCGCGUCUCGCUCGAUCUGGUCUGCCGCGCAGUGGCGAGCUUGCCUUCUGGGCUCUCGUUCGUUGCCGUCCCUCUGUCGUACGACGGAGAUGGGUCGCCUACACCAAGGCUCUCUUCUUGCGCGUACGUCUUCUCGCGCCUCGUCUCAUUUCGGGGUCGACGCGUCGCUUGCUAUUUCAGAUUCGGCAGAGGCGGCCCCGGCUCCGACUGCUUGUCGAGAGGGAACGGAUCUGCAGUCAGAAGAGGCUGACGCCCGAGUUCUUGCUGCGUCGCCUUCCGCAUGCGAGUGGAAGCGGGGCAGUUACGCAGCCGUCUCUGGGGCGUGGGUUCACCUGCCUAGCGUGAGGGGGCUCACUCCUUCGCCUGCUCCGGCCUCGCCGUUUCCGCCCCCGACGUUUCGUGAGUUUAGGGCCUGCACUCAGCGUCCUCAUGCCGGUCUGCAUGCGCAAGUGUCUCCACCUUCUUCCUCUGUGCCUCUGCCUCUUCCCGAUGGGUGGUUCACACACAAGCAGGUCUACAGGGGUCGCCUCGCUAGCUCCUUUAGUCCGCGGACGAACGCGAGGGCGGGGGCGCCGUCGCCUCCGGCGGGGCUGCCACAGAGACUUGGGAGGCGGGUGCAGCCGAACUUCGUGUCGGGGAGCGAGGGCGAGUACAGUCUCAGGGCGGCGACGGAAAGUCUGACGGCUUUCUUUCUCCACGUCUUCGUCAGAGCCGACCUGCCUGUGCUGGCGUUGGCGCUCCUCGUGGCCGCAGGCGACCGCGAGGGAGUGAGGAGAAUUCUUUCUCUCUCGCCGUCGUUGCGACUGCGCAUUCAGAUGAAGCAAGAGGAAAGCAACGGGCGCGUCUCGGCUUCCGCGGACACGACCGCUCAGCAGCCGAGCAAGGCAGCGGCGCUAGAAAGCGGGCAUCCUGGAGGACGCAGUCGAGAAGACGCGAAGACUGCAGGAGGGGGUGCAGUGCGCAGGAAGCAAAACCGAGACGCCGGCGGGUGGGCAGCAAUGUCUCGCUCCUUGCGAGAGCUGCUUUUCGUCAUGGCUGAGCAAGCGGCAGAAAGCGGGGCGCCGACUGGAGAACGGAUAGAGCCACCUGCCGGGAGAAACGGUGAAAGAAUCCGUAAAACGUAA